CUCCGUCCUGAUUGGUCCAACAGGCAAUUGUCGAUUUCCAACACGUGAAGUGUGACAGGUUUAACGCUUUGUAAACAACAUAACCUCUACGUUAUUGUGUUACGCGUGUGUACUUUUGGAAAAAGUUAAUUGGAUCUAACAUCAUGGGGAAAAGGGGCAAGGGGGGUAACAUCCUGGGAAAAUCUUUAAUCAGAGAUCGUUUUGGAGCCCGGAAAGUUAAAAGGAACAGCAACGAACCGUCUAUGCUCCAUACUUCAGAAAUCAAUGACGGUUAUGACUGGGGCCGCUUGAAUUUGCAAUCGGUUACAGAGGAAAGUUCCUUCCAAGAGUUUCUGGCGACCGCGGAACUUGCGGGGACCGAGUUCCAAGCGGAGAAAUUAAAUGUCAGGUUUGUGAAUUCCAAGAGUGGUUUGCUCACAAAGGCCGAGCAAGACAAGAUCCUGAAGUCGCAGAAGGAAAAUAGGGAUCUCUUGAAGAUACCGAGGAGACCAAAAUGGGACAGUUCCACCACCGCUCAAGAGUUGCUGAGUCGUGAGAAGGAGACGUUCUUGCAAUGGAGACGUUCUCUUGCCGAGUUACAGGACACCGAAGGAAUAUUGUUGACGCCUUUCGAGAAGAACUUGGAGUUCUGGCGACAACUGUGGAGGGUCGUUGAGCGCAGCGAUGUCGUCGUACAAAUCGUGGACGCGCGCAAUCCAUUGCUCUUCCGCUGCGAGGACCUGGAAUGUUACGUCAAGGAAGUCAACGGCGAGAAAUUGAACAUGAUCCUCAUCAAUAAAGCGGACUUUCUAACGAACGAGCAAAGAGAGGCAUGGGCGAAGUACUUCGCCGAUAUAAAUGUACGAGUAGCCUUUUUCUCCGCGUUAUUAUCAGCGGAGAAAAUCAAGGAAGAGGAGAACGAAGAUGAGGUGAAUUCAAACGAUAAGAAUUACGAGGACGACCGUACUGACGAAGAAGAGAGCGAAACCGACGAGUCGGUCUACAAUUCGGAAUUCAUGUCGGAAUCGGAAUACGAGAGCGCCGACGAUAACAGCGACCUGAUCGCCGCACCCAAAACGGAAACUGAGAAGGAGAAACGAGCGGAAGCUCCGGAGGAUGCUUUAGAAAGAUUACGAAUCUCCGCAACGGGCUCAGAGAACGGGAAAGAAGAAAUUGAGACAACAAUUAAUUCCGAGCGCGAAACUGGAGAGAAGAGAGUUGUUAAUUCGUCGGAACUGUUAAACAGGGGCGAUCUUAUUGAAUUAUUAAAGACGAUAUAUAAGGGUGAGACACACACGAAGGGGGUGACGACGAUCGGCUUGGUAGGCUAUCCAAAUGUCGGCAAGAGUUCCACUAUCAAUGCACUGCUGAUGGACAAAAAAGUCUCCGUGUCCGCCACGCCAGGCAAGACCAAGCACUUCCAGACGCUGUACCUGGACACAGAUCUGAUGCUGUGCGAUUGUCCAGGAUUGGUGACGCCAAGCUUCAUCAGCACGAAAGCGGAGAUGAUCCUGAACGGCAUACUGCCGAUCGAUCAGAUGCGGGACCAUGUGCCGCCGGUCACGUUGUUAACCACUCUGAUACCCAGACACAUCCUGGAGGAUCUGUACGGCCUUAUCUUACCCGUUCCAUCGGAGAAAGAUACCGACCGUCCACUGAACACGGAUGAGCUUCUAAACGCACACGGUUAUAACAGAGGUUUUAUGACACAGAACGGCCAGCCGGACAAUGCUCGUUCAGCGAGAUACGUUCUUAAGGAUUUCGUUAAUGGCAGGCUGUUGUACUGCGUCGCACCACCGACGCGCGAGCAAGAACAUUUCCACGCGUUCCCGCCGCGGCGUCGGCUUUUCUCCGCGAACAGGCACAUACCGCCCAGAGCGGUCAGAGUGAACAAAGGUAGUCAGAUAACGGAGGAGGAGUUCAACCGUAUGUUCUUCCGAGAUAUAUCGUCCGGUGUACACAUGAAAGGGGCCCUCGGCGGACGACCCGUGCCGCAACGUUCGUUGUCUACAGUUGCUGAGUCAAAAGUCGGAUCCACGCAAAGUCUGUCGCUCCAUGAAAAGCCAUGGAAGCUGAUAAACAAACACGCCAAUAAGAAGAAGCGCGAAAAAGGACGAAGAUUAUACGCUCAUCUCGACCAACACUGAGCGUGAGACGCGCGCGGAAAUAUCACCGUAAAGUUCUAUUAUGUUUCAACUCGUAUAUAAUUGCAAUAUGAUUGUAAUUAUAUCUGCGAUAUAACUACAGAUUGUGUAAGGGCACGGAAUUAAUAUUCUGUACACUGUAUCUGUUAUACACAAUAUAUGUACAUAUGCUAAAAUCUAGUUGAUUUGCGAAAGUGAUAU